AUUUUCCCUCUAGCUUUACACAAUGGAGCUGGAGAGCAUACUAGGAUAUCUUCAAAACAAGACCAUCUUAGUAACUGGAGCCACUGGCUUCCUUGGAAUGUUAUUUGUGGAGAAAAUUCUAAGGGUUCAACCAGAUGUGAAAAGGCUUUAUCUUCUGUUAAGAGCUUCGGAUACCAAGUCAGCCACAGAUCGCAUGCAUGAUCAGAUAAUUGGGAAGGAGUUGUUCACGGUUCUCAAAGACAAAUGGGGCACAAAUUUUGAUUCUUUCAUAGCAGAAAAAGUUGUGGCUGUUCCAGGAGACGUAACUUUUGAUGACCUCGGAGUGAAAGAGAUCAAGUUGAGAGAAGAAAUGUGCAAUGGAAUUGAAAUCAUACUUAAUUCUGCAGGAACCACCAACUUUGAUGAAAGAUAUGAUAUUGCAUUGAGCGUCAAUGCAUUUGGAGUUCAGCACGUACUGAGCUUUGCAAAGAAAUGUCUCAAACUAGAGAUGCUGCUCCACGUGUCAACUGCUUAUGUAUGUGGAGAAAGGGCAGGACUUAUACUAGAGGACUCAUCUUGCAUGGAUGAGCUGGAAAAGGAGAUCACUAGAUUUGAUUUCAAAGUGCAAGAGAUGAAUUUAGUGGAAGAGAAACUGAAUGAACUAAAAGCACAGGACGCGACAGAACAAGUUAUUACCACCACAAUGAAGGAUAUUGGCAUUGAAAGGGCUAAAUUGUAUGGAUGGCCAAACACCUACGUAUUUACAAAGGCGGUGGGAGAAAUAUUUCUAGGCCAAUCAAAAGAUCAUUUUCCCAUUGUCAUUAUACGUCCUAGCGUGAUCACCAGCAGUUACAAAGAGCCAUUUCCAGGUUGGGUUCAAGGUUUCAGAACCAUUGACAGCGUAAUUGCUGGUUAUUGUAAAGGAAAAGUGACAUGCCUACUCGUGGACCCUAUGUCAGUAUUUGAUAUGAUUCCUGUUGACAUGGUCGUACAUUCAAUGAUUGUAGCAAUGGUGGCUAAUGCAAAUAAAUCUUCUAACAUCAUUUACCAUGUGGGAAGCUCUUUGAGAAAUCCUAUAAAUUUCCUUAAUAUUCACAGUUUUGUCUUCCGAUACUGCACCGAAAAACCCUGGAUUGGGAAGGAUGGAAAGCGUGCCAAGGUUGGCAAGCUUAGAUUCUUCAAGACUAUGGCUACUUUUCGCAUGUAUAUGCAAAUUCGCUUCAUGCUACCUUUGGAGGGUUUAAAGUUCGUGAACAAAGCAUUUGGAGGAUAUUUCCAAGAUCUAUAUGUUAACUAUAAUCAGAAACUCAAAUUGGUGAUGCGCUUGGUAGAGCUAUACGAACCUUAUAUGCUAUUCAAGGGCAUCUUUGAUGACAACAAUGCUGAGGAAUUGCGAAGGAUAACAAGGGAGAGGUUCGUUGAUGCGGAAGCUUUCAAUUUUGAUGCAAGAUGCAUUGAUUGGGAAGACUACAUUAUGCACACUCACAUUCCUGGUCUCCAGAAAUAUGUUAUGAUGAAACGAUAAUCGAGAGGUGCCUGCAUUGUCCUAUAGAAAAUAAAUAAAUGCAAUGAUCCAUCAAUAUAUUUUGUAUCAUUGACGGUAUAUUUACUACUAGAAAAGCUCCAAAUAAAGCCACGGAUAUACCAUGGCAAAGAUCUUUUUAAUGUACCUCUAUAUAUUUGCAAUGUACCCAUUC